UCACCAUCCAAGAGACACCUCAUCUCUUUUAAAAACGUAUAGAUUUGGAAGGAGGAAGACACCUCUCAUAGGAUAAUAAAAAAGCAGGAAUUAUUCAUUCUCACUCCUCCGGAUAAAAGAAAAAAAAAAAUUCUCCCUUUAGUUUUCUUUGGGAGAAGAGAAAUUCUUGAAUCAUCCUAUAAUUCUUCUUUCUUCUUCAUCAUCUCUUCAUCUCAUAGCAGAAGUAGCAUCUGAUCGGAAAACCCACUUCAUCAUCAUCAUCAUCAUCAUCAUCAUCAUCAUCCAUUUUUUUUUAUCUAAAUUUAUAUCUAUGUUGGGAAAAUUCUUGGCGGAUGAAGUUGGGUUUUGAUGAAUUCUCGUUUUCAUGUAAUUUCCUUUCUGAAUCAUUACUAAUCGAUCUGCGAUGAUGAUUACAGUUAACAAUUGUUGAUUCUCUCAAGGGCUGGUUUCAUUUUAUGUUUUUUUGGGAGUUUGAUGGAAAAUAAUUUUGAUUUUGGAAACUGUGUGAUCUGGGUCUGAGGAGUUUUUGUGUUUUCUGAAAAGAAUUGUGAUGGAUCAUUGGUGGUGAUGUUAUUAUUUGUAAACCCUGUUCUGGGUCACUAAGGAUGACGAGAGUUUGAUUUUCAAGUAAUUGUUAUUGGUUUUUUGUUAGUGUCUCUGACUUUUGCUCCUUAUAUUGAGUUUGCGUGAACAGAUGUUUUUCCUCUCUUAUGGUAAUUCCUUCCUUUUUGGGUUCUUUUUGGUGUUGGAAUAUCCAUUCAUAGACGAUUGGUAUUCUUCCUAACAAUGCUUUGCCUUCUGCUCUGACUCAUUUUUCAUCAUCAUCUUCCUUAUUUUGUUUUCCAUUUCCUUAACUCGUUUUGUUUCAGAGUUUCUUGCCACUUUUUACUUGGCUUUGUUUUUGCUUUUCUUAAGCUCAAAUGGUAGUGAUCGAGUUGGCUUAUUUGGGUUUUGUUUCCACUUAGGGUUGUUUUUGGUUAACUAAUCUAGUCUUUGAUCUCUUUAACCUCUUUAACGUGGUUUGGAAAAGGGUAUUUGGGUUAAGAACUAAGUUUUUGAAAACUACAAGCUUCAAACGUCAAAGCAUCCAUUCAAGAGUGGAAGUUUGUUGAACAAUCCGGUUAAUCUAUAGCCAUCUAGACUCAUCUCCUGCCAAGUUUGGGCACUGCAAAGCCUUUGGCAGUGCCCAUGGAUGCCACAACGAGCGAAACGGCGGCGCUACAGUUCCAUAGCAUUCCUGAUCAAUCAGUUUCUACUAUUGUCACCAGUGCAACAUCGACAUUCCCACAACCGAAACGACAUUGUUUUGGGGAAUCUGACCCAGGUGAAUUCCCCUUAGCCGCCAAUCCCUCCAUUGUUCUUCAUGUAUUGACGGCUUGUAACUUGGAUCCUCAGGACCUUGCAAAGUUAGAGGCAAGAUUUUUCAUUUCCCUUGUUUUGAUUUUCCAACAUUGUUGUAACUCUAGGAUUGAUAAUGCUGCUGAUUGAUUUUGGUUGUGUGUGUUGCAGGCAACAUGUUCAUUCUUUAGACAGCCUGCAAACUUUGCUCCUGACUAUGAAUUGUCGAUUUCGGAGCUUGCUGCAUUAGAUAUGUGCCGAAAGAGAGCCAUAUUCAAACCUAUGACACCAGAACAGCAUCAAGCAUUGAAGCAAAGAUGUGGUGGCUCCUGGAAACUGGUAUUGAGGUUUUUAGUGGCUGGAGAAUCAUGUUGCCGAAGGGAAAAAUCCAUGGCAAUUGCUGGACCCGGCCACAGCAUUGCGGUCACUUCAAAAGGAGCUGUUUACUCUUUUGGAUCCAACAGCUCUGGACAGCUUGGACAUGGUACAACUGAAGAGCAAUCACCCCCUCGCCUUGUCAGAUCUCUGCAAGGAAUUCGAAUAAUUCAAGCAGCAGUAGGGGGUGGGAGGACAAUGUUAAUCAGCGACGCCGGCCAUGUUUAUGCAUUUGGCAAGGAUUCAUUUGGUGAAGCUGAGUAUGGAGCUCAAGGAGCUCAAGUUGUUACUACACCAAAGUUGGUUGAAUCCCUGAAGGAUAUAUUCGUGGUGCAAGCUGCAAUUGGAAAUUUCUUUACUGCUAUAUUAUCAAGAGAAGGUACUGUGUACACAUUUUCUUGGGGGACUGACAGUAGGCUCGGUCAUCAUACCGAACCAAAUGACUUGGAACCCCGACCCCUGAAAGGAGCAUUAGAAAACAUUCCAGUUGUUCAAAUUGCUGCUGGAUAUUGCUAUCUUCUCGCUCUAGCUUGUCAUCCUAGUGGCAUGUCAGUAUACUCAGUUGGAUGUGGACUGGGUGGAAAGCUUGGUCAUGGUUCAAGGACCGAUGAGAAACACCCACGACUUAUUGAACAAUUUCAGCUCCUGAAUCUCCAGCCAGUCGUGGUUGCUGCUGGUGCUUGGCAUGCAGCUGUUGUAGGUCGUGACGGCCGAGUUUGUACGUGGGGUUGGGGUAGAUAUGGGUGCCUGGGUCAUGGGAAUGAGGAAUGUGAGUCUUCCCCUAAGGUGGUGGAAGCAUUAAUCAAUGUCAAGGCUGUUCAUGUUGCUACAGGAGAUUAUACAACAUUCGUAGUAUCUGAUGAUGGUGACGUGUAUUCUUUCGGUUGUGGAGAAUCAGCUAGUCUCGGGCAUAACGUUGUCGUUCCCGAGGAACAGGGGAAUCGACAACCGCACGUUUUAAGCCCAGAACUAGUCAGGUCCCUGAAGCAAAUUAACGAACGGGUAGUUCAGAUUAGCCUCACUAAUUCAAUUUACUGGAAUGCACACACCUUUGCAUUGACAGAGUCGGGUAAGUUGUAUGCAUUUGGCGCUGGAGACAAAGGACAGCUCGGGGUUGAACUUGCGAAUCAAACCGAAAGGGGAAAUCCAGAGCGAGUUGACAUUGAUCUAAAUUAACCAAAAAGAAGAAAUUCAAUAACUUUCUAUAUGCUAAUGGUUAUGCCAUUGCAUUUUAAUCACUUAGAUUUGGCAAAUGAAAUUAUUAAUUUGUAAAUAGGAAGGGAAAAAAACCAAGAAAAAAAAAUUGUGAAUGGUUUUAUGGUUGUUAUAUUUGGAUGGUAAAUGGAUGGGUCAGGUUCUUUUGUAGGUUUUCAA